AGAGAAACUUACUUAGUGCCCACAGAAAUCCUCUCACUACCACAGCUGAGAGUGCACAGAGCUGCCAGUCAUGAAGGAACUGAAGAGCAAGGCGUUCUGGAGGGCUGUUUUGGCUGAGCUGGUCGGUAUGACCCUCUUCAUCUUCCUAAGCAUUACAGCUGCAGUUGGAAACUCCAACAAUGACAAACCAGAUCAGGAGGUCAAGGUGGCACUUGCAUUUGGGUUGUCCAUUGCCACUCUUGCCCAAAGUCUUGGCCACAUCAGUGGAGCUCAUCUGAAUCCAGCUGUAACACUGGGCUUGCUGGCCAGCUGUCAGAUCAGCUUGCUGAAGGCUGUGAUGUAUAUUGUGGCCCAGAUGUUUGGUGCAGCACUUGCAAGCGGCAUCGUGUAUGGCGUCACGAAAGGAGAUGCCCUGGGGCUAAAUAUGAUCAACAGCGAUAUUUCUGCAGGUCAAGGUGUUGGUAUUGAACUCUUCGCUACCUUCCAGCUAGUGUUAUGUGUCAUAGCAACCACAGACAAAAGAAGGCGGGAUGUGUCAGGCUCCGCCCCUCUGGCCAUCGGGCUCAGCGUUUGCCUGGGCCAUUUGACAGCCAUCAGCUUCACGGGAUGUGGAAUCAAUCCUGCUCGCUCCUUUGGCCCGGCAGUAAUUCUUAGAGAUUUUACCAACCACUGGGUCUACUGGGUAGGUCCCAUGUGUGGAGGUGUGGCGGCUGCGCUAGUCUAUGACUUCCUGCUCUACCCUAAGCUGGAUGACUUCCCUGACCGCGUGAGAGUGCUGGUCUCCGGCCCAGCCACAGACUAUGAGGUCAAUGGUACUGAUGAUCCCCCUGCUGUAGAGAUGACAUCAAAGUGAUACACUACUCUGCAUAUUUAGUGUUUGAUAUUCUUCAAGACCACAAAAUAUCUGUAAAUAUAUUCUUUUUUCCUACAGGGAAAUAGCAUUCAUUUUAAAUUUACUAUAUGACAGUGUGGAGUUGCAAAUGUGAAACCAUUUAUGUAGUUGUCUCAGAAGGACAUCUGCCAUUUUGUAUUGACUGAUUAGUUUUGUAUUAUUGUUUUUACUCUUUUUUAGUAAAACAGUAUGUACCUCAGGAAAAUUAUACAGUUUUCGUUAUUUUCAAAAAUUUCACAUAUAAGCUUUUCAAAACUAGAUUCACUUUUUGUUUUUGUAAACAUUUUUCACUUUGUAUUGUAUAAUGUAUGAUAUAAACACUAUGAUAUUGUUUUUUGUAAUUAAAUUUCAGGAUGUUUAAUCUGAAA